GAUAGCUAGACAAGGGAUGGAGAAAACACCGGGUGGGAGCUGAGCACCCGACUAACCAGAUGCUAAUUUACUCACGGCACCCAGUCACACAGAACAAUUGUCGAUUCAUCGUUUUUUUCCCGUUCUGGAAAAAUAUAGACUAAAGUUUAUUUUAGGAAGUUGUUGGGGUGUUUCUUUUCACAGACAAAAUGGGGAACUGGAGAUAAUUCCAUAGAUUUUUCGAGGAAUUUAUUUGCCUUAAGAGUCUCUUCAGUUUGUAUCCCGUUACUUUUGUCAUUUUUGAGCUGCCUGGUCGCCAAUCUUUUGUCACCCAUUCAUUCAUUCGCCUAUUUACCGUGAGUGACACUGUCACAGUGUGCACGGUGGAAGAUGGUUACCCGGCUAUAUGCUCAGAAGUACCCCCCGGUGUUGCUCUGCACGCUGGCUGCCCUGUCAUGGACUUGGGGCCCGGUAACAGCGGGUAGGAGUUGCUCCGAGACACGGCAAGUGUACGCAGAGAAGGGCUACAGUACGAACACUGCCCCGCUGACUCAAAUCUCCGGUAAGACAGGCUAUGUAAAGUAAACUGGUGGUUUUUUAUUUAAAUUAAUCAUCAAACGUAGGCUAUAGGUUAUUUUACACAUUAUGAAGGGUUUUAGAGUCUGCUUGGUAUAGCCUUACUGGAUAAUAUGCCAUGUGAUAGAAACUGCUGAACAAAGCGAAAUUGAGAAUUAACAGGUUUGUCUGAGUGGUCCGCCAGGAAGGCUUAUUUAUGGGAUGAGGAAAUUGCGAACACCGGUGUGUAACAAAGAGCCUCGCCCCUAAUUAGUGUGGCUGUUAUGGACUGAUCUGUGAAUGACUUAAAUAAAAUAAUAAUUAUCAACCUUUUUUCUUUUUUUGGAAAGAGUGCUUUUAUUAUAAUUAUUAUUUUGUGCUUGUGGCACUUGAGAACUGCUGUUAGUUGUUGCAUUAUCAUGGGACAUUGUCAAGGGGUGUGUGUGAGCGCUCAAGUGAGAUAGAACACAGACAGACAAAGACAGUGAGCUGUUGAUAUUUAAAGCGGCAAUCGGCAGUAGAAACUAUUUUUUUUUUUAAACGUUGUUCCCGCCCAUGUUUCCGUAAAAAAAACGUUUUCUUGUUUUACAAAAGUUUGAGUAUAUAUAUAUAUAUAUAUAUAUAUAUAUACACACACACACAAAAGUAUGUGGACACCCCUUCAAAUUAAUGGAUUCGGCUAUUUCAGCCACACCCGUUGCUGACAGGUGUAUAAAAUCGAGUACACAGCCAUGCAAUCUCCAUAGACAGACAUUGGCAGUAGAAUGACCUUACUGAAGAGCUCAGUGACUUUCAACGUGGCACCGUCAUGGGAUACCACCUUUCCAACCAGUCAGUUUGUCAAAUUUCUGCCCUGCUAGAGCUGCCCCGGUCAACUGUAAGUGCAGUUAUUGUGAAGUAGAAACGUCUAGGAGCAACAACGGCUCAGCCGUGAAGUGGUAGGCCACACAAGCUCACAGAACGGGACCGCCGAGUGCUGAAGCGCGUAAAAAUCGUCUGUCCUCGGUUGCAACACUCACUCACUACCGAGUUCCAAACUGCCUCUGGAAGCAACGUCAGCACAAUAACUGUUUUUCGGGAGCUUCAUGAAGUGAGUUUCCAUGGCCGAGCGGCCGCACACAAGCCUAAGAUCACCAUGCGCAAUGCCAAGCGUCGGCUAGAGUGGUGUUAAGCUUGCCGCCAUUGGACUCUGGAGCAGUGGAAACGCGUUUUCUGGAGUGAUGAAUCACGCUUCACCAUCUGGCAGUCCGACGGACGAAUCUGGGAUGCCAGGAGAACUAUACCUGCCCGAAAGCGUAGUGCCAACUGUAACGUUUGUUGGAGGAGGAAUAAUGGUCUGGGGCUGUUUUUCAUGGUUCGGGCUAGGCCGCUUAGUUCCAGUGAAGGGAAAUCUUAAUGCUACACCAUACAAUGACAUUCUAGAUGAUUCUGUCCUUCCAACUUUGUGGCAACAGUUUGGGGAAGGCCCUUUCCUGUUUCAGCAUGACAAUGCCCCGUGCACAAAGUGAGGUCCGUACAGAAAUGGUUUGUCAAGAUCAGUGUGGAAGAACUUGACUGGCCUGCACAGAGCCCUGACCUCAACCCCAUUGAACACCUUUUGGAUGAAAUCAAGCGCCGACUGCGAGCCAGGCCUGAUUGCCCAACAUCAGUGCCUGACCUCACUGCUCUUGUGGCUGAAUUGAAGCAAGUCCCUGCAGCAUUGUUCCAACAUCUAGUGGAAAGCCUUCCCAGAAGAGUGGGCUGCUAUAGCAGCAAAGGGGGGACCAACUCCAUAUUAAUGCCCAUGAUUUUGGAAUUAGAUGUUCGACGAGCCGGUGUCCACAUACUUUUGUUCAUGUAGUGUAUUUUUGGUUCUGAUGGGGUAUGACAGUUGAACUAAGCUCAUGAGGUAUACGUUAUAUUCUUCAAGAAUCAAUGGGUAUAUAUCAUUAAUUUAUAAGUCCAGAAAUUGAUGUAGGAACUGCUGAUUGCCCCUUUUAAAGUGUCAUUUGGGUGACAAAUGUUUAUUUGUUGUACUGCUGUGCACGCCUUAGUAUGUAUGAAGGUUUAUUUGAGUGGUUUGGCUGUAGGCUAUAUGUGAGUGCUGAAUGUGGGAACUGCAAUAUUGAUUGUGUGUCUGUGUGUCUGGUUAUCUCUGUCUGGGUCUUGGCUCUUCUUGUCCCGUGGGCCAGGGGAGCAGAUGGCCGAGAGGAGGAGGGAUGAUGAGAGAGAGUUGAAAUGGAGGAGAGCGAGGUAAUAAUGAGCGACAGAGGAGAAAUCCAAGCUAGAGCCAAAAAUAAAAUGUUGGAGUUGGGAUCCUCAGUCCAAGUUUUCGGAGGAAAAAGAAACAGGUGCCCGGUAUAACAGAGUAAAAUGAUGUUUGCCUCAAUAAGAUGGUUUUUUCCUCCCACGUUGAGACAUUGGAGAUCACCGACUUGUUACUGGUCGUUAAUGUUUGCAUAUCAUUACCGCCGGUCAUGUUAUUAGUCCAACCUGGGUAUUGGUGAACAAAGAAAUGGUUUGCAUCCCAAAUGGCACCCUAUAUAGUGCACUGCUUUUAACCAUUUCCCUAUGGGUCCUGUUCGAAAGUGGUGCACUAUAUAGCGAAUAGGGUGCCAUUUGGGAUUGCGUUUUAAUAUAUCAUGUUUAUAAAUGCCCAUUUUCAAUUACUGCCUUAUCUUUAAUAAGGUUCUAUUAAUGACAGACAGAUGAAGAAGAAGGAUAUCUGCAAGAUCAGAAGAACCACUGCCACAUUGGUAGAGUUGGUGGCUGUUCUAAACUGAUAGACAUUCAGUGAAUGAACACAGUAGGCCUACUUUGUGAGCUAUUAUAUUGAAUGAAAGCAUUUGAAGAAUCAUGGUAGCAUAACACAUCUAAGGGUAAUUGACAUUUUCCAAUUAAGAUAGAAUCAGGGUAGAAUUAUCAGUAUUUUUGAUAUUGCGAUAUUUCUCAUAUGAUACAUUGUAGGGCUGGGGCGAUACCAGUAUCGCGAUACUCGUUAGUAUCGUGGCAAGGAAACAAAACACAAAGCGGAUUUAACUUCUUUAGGAACACAGCCCUAAUGUUGGAAACAAACAUCAUUAUGUUGUCGUCCAGAGUCACAUUUAUUUAUUUUACAAGAGCUAUAGCACGCAAUAUUUUACAUCCAGCAGGUUUUUAAAGGACUAAAGAGUUUGGUCUGCUUCAUGUAAAAAAAAAGAAUGCCAUAGAAAAAAUAUGGCGAUACUGUUAUCAUGGCAAAGCCCUAAUACAUUGCUCAUUUAUAUGCCGUGGUGGUAAGUGAUUUUGGGAAGAAACCUGUAUCUGAGUCUGGUCUAGCAGGUAACAAGGUCGCUUCAAGCACAUAAGCAUCACCGUUAGUGCGGGUGUGAAUUGGCCCUUCUUUCUACGUCUCCCCUCUGAUUUCAUACUAUCUCUAAAUUAAGUAAAAAUUCUGAAGAAUCUGAGGUAGCCUAAAUGUCUCCCCUAAACCAGAACCAUAAAUUGAGCUUUUAUAGAUUAGUGUACUACUGGUAGUUGACUUCAGAGUGCUGAUGACGGCAAAGCAACCGCUACUGUAUCCUUCUGUCUUCACCAUUAGUUCAUCUGCCCACACCUCUUGUCUCUGAUUGGCUCAUAUCUGAUCCCGUCUUGUUUUAACAUUGGUUCAGGUGAACACCUCAAUAUGCCCACACACGUCUUGUCCCAGUCUGUGAUUGGCUCGCAUCUGACCCUGUCUGUUUUUCUAUUGGACCAGGUGAGCAUCUGCGUCUGUGUCCCCAAGACUACACCUGCUGCUCCAGUCAGAUGGAGGAAACACUGGCCCACCAGAGUGAGACGGAUUUCCUGUCGGCCAUCGACGACACCAGCCAGUUCCUCCUCACCACUUUCACACAGAGGCACCGCAAGUUUGACGGUGAGCUGGAAUGCAAAUCCGAUCAGAAUAAGGAUGCAUAAGGGAACACUGUAAAUAGUGUGACGUGAAAUGACAACUGCAUUGAGGAGUGGUAUGUAACAUUUCCUCUAUUGAGAGGGCUAAAAGUACCUUAAUUGCUAGACCAAUAUCCUAUAGUGGGGAUCAGCUAGUCAUAGCUAUCUUAUUCUUGAGCAGUGGUUCUUGAGACCUGAGUAAAUGCCAGUGCCACCCCUGAAUCACAACAAAUUGUGGUUUAGUGGUAGUGAAUUCUGCUUUUGGGUAUGGAGAACUGGUGUGAAUGUGGUGUUGAAUCCCAGUGGUGUCGGACUCCGAACAUGUCUACACCGUAUCGUGCUUUUGACCAUCUCAUUCCUUUUUCUCUUCUGUCAGAGUUCUUCAGGGAGCUCAUAGACUUGUCUGAAAAGUCCAUGAAUCAGAUGUUUACUAAGACCUACGGGCGCCUCUUCACCCAGAAUGCCAAUGUCUUCCAGGAGCUGUUUGUGGAGCUCCGCCAAUACUACUCCGGUUAGUGGGGACACUUUUCUCUCUCUCCUCUCUUGUUGGACUCUGCAUUUGUGUACUUGUCACUAUGGUACAUUUCCCUCACCAUCUCAUAAUUUCAACAAUGCCUUGUUUGCCAAGAUGACAAAAAAUUGUCUGAACAAGUAGAAACAAACUGACCUAACCUAGGGACAUUUUCAUUAGGCACCAAACUGACUGAAACAGGGAAUGACUACUUGGACUUAUCAAAUAAGAAGUGCUCAUUUUCAAUUUAUUUUGCAAAAUGUUUUCCAGUCUGAGAGUUCCCUCUUUUGUCUACAGGGGGCAGUGUGAGCCUGACAGAGGUGCUGUCAGAGUUCUGGUCCAGACUGGUGGAGCGGGUCUUCUCUCUGGUCAACCCCCAGUACCAGUUCAGUGAUGAGUACCUGGAGUGUGUCAACAAACAUGCAGAGCAGCUGCAGCCCUUUGGGGACCUGCCCCGGAAACUACGUUUACAGGUCUGGCAGGCUUGGUUGGUAUAUCAACUGAAAACUAACAUAAUUCAUAAUUGAAUAAUUAAUAUUUAAUAAUAUUAAAGGGAUAGUUAACCAAUAUGUAAUUUCGGAAUUUGGGUUAACAAAACAAAAGCGUAGAUUGCGGUAGUACCUUGUACAUAGACUGCUUACAGGGUAAGAAAACAAAUAUGUUAUUUUGAAAUUUGAGUGAAUUAUCCCUCUAAUGUCUGUCACCAUAAUGAACAAAAGAGGCUGGUGUGAUAAGUAAUUCAAAUCACCACUGAAACUCAACGAUGACGUUACAGUAACACAUAGGCGAUCGUAUUAGAGAUAACUAUUUGAAGACAAUGAACUGAGUGUAUUGACAUACAGUAGAGUAGAUUUGUGUCAGAAGGUAUUAGCUGAUCUCUCUUUCAUUCAGGUGUCCAGGGCAUUCAUUGCAGCCAGAGCACUGGUUCAAGGCUUGGCCACAGGCCGUGACAUUGUCAACAAGGCAGCUAAGGUAAACUGUGUGUAUGUGUGUACGUGCACGAAUAUUAAGAAUAAUUAUCUUUAUUGUCUUCUAUUGGUCUGCAUUUAGCUGUUCCGUUUAUCUCCCUAACAUCCUACACCCUCUACUCUUCAUCUCAUCCUCCAGUUGAGUGCUGGUGCGGAGUGUGUGCGUGCCCUGAUGCGUCAGUGGUACUGUCCAUUGUGUCGAGGCAUGCCCUCCCUGCGCCCCUGCCAUGCCCUCUGCCUCAACGUGAUGAAGGGCUGCCUUGCCAAUCAGGUCGAUCUGGACACUGAGUGGAACAAUUUCAUAGGUGAUUGGAGGCGGGUAUUAGGGAGGGUGUGGGUGGCUUUUGUUGGGCUGAUUCGGUUUAGUGGGAUGUUAAACAUGAUGCAUGUAGAAAUGUACUGUAUAGAACCUACUCGCAUUUCUAUUCUACAGAAUAACUGAGUCAUGUCUGUUCUAUACAUUGCAUUUCUAUCUAAAGUUGUGAACAUUGCACCCAUCAUAAAAACAAAAUGGAUAUAUUUCUUAUUAGUUCUCUUCCCUUUCCUUUUGUCAUCCUUCUGUUUUCACACUUUUAUCCAAUGCGCCAUCUUUCAUCUCUCUCACUCUCUACUCUGUCAGAUGCUCUGUAUCAAGUAUCUGAGAAGCUGGAGGGGCCGUUUAACAUGGAGCUGGCUGCAGACUCCAUCUCUGUCAAAGUGUCCGAGGCCAUCAUGCACAUGCAGGAGAACAGCAUCGCCACCUCCACUAAGGCAAGGAUGGAGGGGAUGGAGGGAGAUUAAAAGAAUGUGCUGUACAUCUGUCCACAGUGCAGUAGAAUAUAGGUCAUAGAAUGUACAUCAUAGAAUAUAGAUAAUAGAAUGGCUGAUAAGAUGCACAUCGGCUGUCAUUCUAGGUUGAAACAAGGCUUAACGUUUAACAGUUUUAUUACUGCCCAUGGAAGACCAGUUUGGGUCCAAAACCCCUUUGCUUUAUCAAAUUGUGGAACUACCUGUAAAAACUGUGCAUAGUGCAAUUUUACUAGUUACCAUAUUAUUAUUCAUAUAUUGUUCUUAAUUUAAGUAUCCACUGUCUACCAUUUUUUUUUCUUAAAUCCAUGUUUCACCCUUAUUGUUGCUGGGAUACAUCAAUUUAGAUACAUGUAGAUAAAUAGCUUUAUCUCUGUGGUUUGGCUCUAGGUGUUCCAGGGCUGUGGGAGACCCAGGUCGGCCCCGGGCCGUUCUCGGCGCUCCCCCAAGGAGUCAGGGGGCAACAGGAGACCCUUUCGUACCUUCAGCCCUGAGGAGAAGCCCACCACUGCUGCAGGCACCAACCUGGACCGACUGGUAGGAGGAGGAGAGGAGAGGAGAGGGAAGAUCAGAGAGGGAGAGUGGGGUGCGAGAGGAGGAGGAGGGGAAAGAGAAGAGGGGGAGAGGAGUUCUUACCUCCAAUUGAUUUUCUAGCCAAUUAUUUUUGUAAUUUAUGCCCAUGUUAGCUCUCUCUGUCCAUAUCUUCAACAACAGCCAUACCAACAGCCAUUUAUAUACAGUACAUUCUAGUUUGUUUGAUGAUGAGGAGUCGGCUAAAAUUAGCUUCCCACCUCCAUAAGUUCAACAGCUAUAUAAGGGUUUACUUUACUGCAUGCAUCAACCAGUUUCCGUCUGCCCGCCUCCAGGUGUCAGAGCUGAAGGAGCGACUGCGGCCCAUGCGGGGCUUCUGGGUAUCCCUCCCACACACCAUCUGCAACGACGAGAACAUGGCUGCCGACGUCACCAACGAGGACCGCUGCUGGAAUGGACAGACCAGGGGGAGGUGGGUGUGGACCAGGGGGAGGUGGGUGUGGACCAGGGGGAGGUGGGUGUGGACCAGGGGGAGGUGGGUGUGGACCAGGGGGAGGUGGGUGUGGACCAGGGGGAGGUGGGUGUGGACCAGGGGGAGGUGGGUGUGGACCAAGGGGAGGUGGGUGUGGACCAAGGGGAGGUGGGUGUGGACCAAGGGGAGGUGGGUGUGGACCAAGGGGAGGUGGGUGUGGACCAAGGGGAGGUGGAUGUGGACAAGGGGGAGGUGGGUGUUAGAUAAGAAGCUGAUGUAAAGGUAGAGGAGGAUGUUAGUGCAAGGGAGAAAGAAGAUGGAGAUUUGUGUGUGUGUGUGCGAACGAGCAGGUAGCUAAGAACAUAUACUGAUAUGAGUCUUUGUGUUAUUGUACUGAUAUUAGUUUGUGCUGUAGCUAUGUCAUAUUGAUGUGUGUGUGUAUCAGGUACCUCCCUGUCGUGACAGGCAAUGGGCUCCAGAGUCAGAUCAAUAACCCAGAGCUAAAGGUGGACCUGGCCAGGCCAGACGUGAGGACCAGACAGCUCAUCAUGGAGCUCAGAGUGGCCACCAACAGACUGAAACAUGCACAGGCCGGACAGGACACUGACUUCGUGGACAGUAAGCCCCUCCCCCCAACAGAAAUGACUAAGACAGUCAUCCCCUUUCUAAUUAUGUUACUACUGUCUCCCUAACAUUUGCUCUCUCUCUCUCUCUCUCUCUCUCUCUCUCUCUCUCUCUCUCUCUCUCUCUCUCUCUCUCUCUGUGUGUCUCUCUCUCUCUCUCUCAUCUGUCUGUCUGUGUGUGUGUGAUAUCAUAUCUCUCUCUGAAGGUGAGGGCGAAGAGGGCAGUGGAUCAGGCGGCGGUGGGGAGAGGUACAGUGAUGAUUGGCCGGGCUACGGGCCCUACUCCCCUCCCCACAGUAAGCCCCCACUUAACCCCCAGACCCCCAUCAAGCCACCUCGGGUCAGAGAUCAAACCGGAUCCAAGUGGAACAGGAGCAAGGGACGGUCCAUCUCAGCGGUCAGCCGGCCAGCCUUCUUCUCUCUGGCGGUUUUGUUUUGGUUAUCAGUUAUGGUCACUGUCUCCCCCAUGUGGAGAUAGGCAGUUACUACAGCCUGAAGCUCAGGGUUGUGUUCAUUAUGGCAAAUAAUGAAAAAAUACAUUUUGAAACACAAAAUGAAAAUAAGCAUUUCUUAUUGGAUAAAUCCAGGUAAUCCCACCUUUUUUCAGGCAGUUUCUUCUGUUUUGUGCCUAUUGAACACGACCCAGCUGAGGUUGGGUUGUUGUGGUUGGUUGAGGAGGGAUUUAGUGUGCCUGUUUGAUCAUCAGCACAAUGACAGUGGAUGUGUUUGGUUAUUCUAGAGGAGAACGAGAGAAGUUGAAUCUAAAAUAUGGAUGAAUCCAGCACAAAAUAAUCUCCUUGUGGAAAAUGUAUUCAAGCACAAGGGAAAUUACAUUUUCUAUGAUUGGCUAUCUCAGUGGUUCCCAAACAGUUUUUUAGCCCAUUUAAUUUGUUGUAAUGUUUGAGUCCCUCAGAUAUCACAUGAACACACAUAAGACAUGGUAAAAUGUGUAGAAUUGCAGGAAAUUAACUUUAAAACUGCAACAUUUUAUCUCCACCCCAUGGCAAAAUGUGUAGAAUUACAGGAAAUGAGCUUUAAAAUAACAAAAAUGUUAUUUGCCAACAAGGGGUGUGAACAGUUUGUCAUGGACAGUGCUUGUGCCCAUAGAAAUAGACACGAGCACUGUCCACCCAGCAAUAAAAUGACAACCUAAUGUUAAAACCUCCACAUACUUUAGUCAGAUGUGGAAGGUAUAACAGAACUUGUAGUGAAUGAAAAGAUAAACGGUAAGGUCAGGGUCUUAUUAGGAACGGGCUUAGAGCAUGUCACCAUUUUGUGCUGCCUGCCCAGAAGUGA